AUGACGUUGAAAAGUUCCAACAACGAUAACACGAUUGCUGCUGAUGAUCCUAACUCGAUUGCUGAUCUGUUUAAUACGUUUUUUGCUUCUGUAUUUCACCAAGACCAAACACACCCAGCAAACGAAACCACAAUCACUGAUGAAAACUGCCUAACAGAUAUUGAACUCACCGUAGAUGAUAUUCUCCCUUUACUACAUUCCCUAAAUGAACAUAAAGCUACCGGACCUGAUGGUAUUUCUAACAAGAUAUUGAAAGAAACUGCCGAACAAAUAGCCUCAUCCAUGUGCCUACUGUUCAAUCUCUCUUUACGAUCUGGUUCCCUUCCUGAUGACUGGAAGAUCAGCAACAUCGUACCAGUGUUCAAAAAGGGGAAGCGUGAACAUGACUCAAACUAUCAACCUAUCUCUCUUUUGUCAAAUAUAUCAAAAGUUCCCGAAUGUUGCGUACUAGUCAAAACAAGAGACCAUUUGCUUCAAUAUGUUAGUGAUAAUCAGCACGGUUUUAUACCUGGUCGAUCAUGCACAACUGUACAGGUCUUGGAGCGCAUUGGCCAACAACUCGACAACGGAAAACAGACAGACAUAAUUUACUUGGACAUGAGCAAAGCAUUUGACAGAGUUCGACAUGAU